AUGGGAGCUACACCCUUCACAGAAAGAAUCUUAAGAGCGAAGCUCCCCAAAGGUUUCGACAAACCCACCGACAUGAAGUAUGACGGAACCAAGGACCCUCAGGAACAUCUAACGGCCUUUGAGGCCAGAAUGAACUUAGAAGGAGCGGCCGACGCAGUCCGGUGCAGAGCCUUCCCGGUAACCCUUGCCGGACUGGCGAUCAAAUGGUUCAACGCCCUCCCGAACGGAUCCAUAGCCAGCUUCCACGACAUAGCACGAAAAUUCAUGGCCCAGUUCACGACCAGAAUCACCAAAGCCAAACACCCCAUCAGCCUGUUAGGGGUCACACAAAAGCAAGAAGAAUCCACAAGGAAAUACCUCGACCGCUUCAACGAUGAAUGCCUAACGGUCGACGGACUCACGGAUGCCGUUGCAAGCCUUUGCCUGACUAACGGGCUCAUGAAUGAAGAUUUUCGCAAGCACCUUACUACUAAACCAGUAUGGACCAUGCACAAAAUCCAGAACGUCGCCAAAGACUACAUCAACGACGAAGAGGUCAGCCAGGUCGUCGCUGCCAACAAGCGGCAGCACGCCACCACCCAACACGGAAAUUCGGCUCCCCGUCAUAACCCAACACCCAAAGAGAAUCAACGGGACCACCCCAGGCCGGCCAACCGGCCACCGAGAAUAGGCAAAUUCUCUAAUUACACGCCCCUAACAGCACCAAUUACGGAGAUAUACCAUCAAAUAGCAGAUUGA